UCAAGAUCCCUACGUCGAUUACUUUAAGGAUGGUCAAUAUUUGGAACCAACCGAACUGUCGAGCAAAAUCAAAGCUGUAGUUGUAGAAAACGUGACUUAUUCCAGUACAGGAGUGUAUACUUGUGGUGCUAGUUUGCCUACGGUAAUGAGGAGGAUGUCCAAAGAGUCUCUCAAUUUGAGGAUUACAAAUUAUAUGGGAGGACAAACUCCAUACUUCCUAGUGAAACCUCCAAGCAAUUACACAGUGGUCAAAGGCUCUUCAGUUUUAUUAGAAUGUGCAGCUAUUGGCAAUCCAGUUCCGAGGGUGUUUUGGUACAAGCAAAACGGCCAACUACCUCAACAUCGGACUGAACUCAUGAGCGGCGGACUGAAAAUAAACAACAUCACGGCAUCUGAUGAAGGCGUUUAUAUCUGCAACCACACUAACAAUUACGGAACCGUAUCGCAUCCAAUCACUCUCAUCUACUACGAAGAACCAAGCGUGGAAUGUUUCCUAAACACCACCGACGUUAAACAAAAUGACAGAUUGGACUUGGAAUGCAACGUUAAAGGGGUACCACAACCAAAGAUCGCCUGGUUCUUGAAUGGAUACAGUGUGACAAACGACACUACUAUCGUCACAACUGGCAGCAAGAUAGUUAUAAACCCUGUGGAGAAAAGACACGCCGGAAACCUCCAGUGUUUUGCCUCAAAUUCUGUGAAAACCGUGUAUAGCGCCAUAAGUUUACGGGUCAUACCAAUAUCGACCAGUUUCGAUGAACCAACGCAAUCUACGAAUCACCGACACGGCGGUAAAAAACCGCCGAGAAAACCCACGAGACCUCUGAAACCCCCAAAGAUGAUUCCGCCAAAUAAACCUACAGUGACGAGAUUGAACGAUCAGGCUGUGGUCGUUAGAUGGUCAGUUGGAUCGAAUACCGGUCUGCCAAUUUUGUUUUUCAAGGUGCAGUACAGAGAAUUGGGACCACUUCAGCAUAAUGAGCAUCACAGAAACAAAGGGUCUAGAUGGAAGACUUGCAACGAAGAUAUCCCCCCUCAUAUUCGGAGCUAUGACGUAACCAAUUUGAAGCCUGAUCAUGUUUAUAGGUUCAGAAUUGCAGCCGUGUACAGUAACAAUGAUAAUAAGCUCAGUAACAAUUCCGAUAAAUUCUACUUGCGAAAAAUGGACUUCGAUGUAGACAACAAGCCACCCUCACCUCUGAUCACACAUACAGAAGCGAUUAAUACGACCGCUGUGAAAAUUUAUUGGAAGUACAUUCCAUCCCCCAACAAAACCAUAGAUGGAUUCUAUAUAAGCUUUAUAUCAGCGAGUUUAGCCGGGGAUUACACAAGGGUUACCGUUGAUGGAGAAAACGUAAAUUCCUAUAUUUUAGGCUACCUGCAACCUGACACUGUUUACGAUAUCAAGUUGCAAAGUUUCAAUUCUAAAGCUGCUAGCGAAUACAGUCAGACGAUGAAAGCUAAGACACUGGCAUUGCCUAGUACAGAAUCUCCAGCUGUUAUUGGACCUACAGUUGCAUCAACAGAAACUGAACCAAGUGUAGGAAAUCUGUAUGUGCUAAUAGCCGUGGGAGUUGUUGGUGGUGGUCUAGUACUUGUCGGAAUUGCCGUUCUGAUAGGGUGUCGCAGGAGGCAGAGGAUGAACUCAGAAAGCGAGCGACAGAAGCCUUCUGCGGAAGAACAGCACCACAUACAAGCAGACGGUAAUGAGUACGUCGUCAGCCCUCGUACCCUUUCCAGAACUAACGGGUGUGUUUUGCCUACUAAUAGGAUAACAAUAACCCCUAAUCCUCUGGCAGAUACUGAAAACAAGAGUCAAAACAUAAUUGAGCUCACCUGCCUCACGUCUCAAAAUAAUAAUACGAAUGCUCAAGACAGUGGCGUAGAAGGGGAUUCAUCGUGUAACUCCACAGAAAGGAAAAAUCAUAAAAACAGGAACAGGAAACAGAAAGUGAAAGAAUUUUCUACGUCCGGUGAGAACUGCGUCUGAUCGUGCACGUGCAAUUAAUUUAUUAGUGAGACUGGGAAACGCUAUUCGAAUGUGAUAUGUUCUUGAUGAAUCUGAAUGAAUCUUUUUUUAGAGGAUCUGAAUUAUUGAUGUUAAAGAGAAGUGAAAAUCGAGUCUUUCAAUCCUUCUUUAUCGAUUUUCAUUUCACAUCACUCCGUAUUUUGUAAAUAUUUGGUGUACAUAAAUUCGUUUGUAGAAAUUUUAAUCGUUGCAACUGAUAUCUAAAAAUGUCUGAAGACUAGUGAACGAAGAAUAUAUUUAUUUAUUAACGCAUUGUUAAUUCUGAAUUUUUAGUUCUUAUUUAUUUCAUUUAGGUAGUUUUGUACAUUGAAUUUGAUCACUGAUAAUGAUCUGAUAUUUCUCCAUCAACAAGUUAGAUACGCAAACUGGUGCAUCCACUCUUUCAUUUCGACAGUAAAUUUUGUUUUUUUUUUGGGUACAUUCACUUAAUCGAGACAAAAUAUUCAGAGUUGAUGUGAAUAAUGAAGUGUCAUUGCAACAACAAAAAGGAAUUUUCAAAUGAAGAAUUAUUCCUUAAACUAUAUAAAAUUAUUUUCGUUUGGGGUACCCAUUCCCGAAAGAUUCAACAAUCAUCAUGGGUCUUUUAAUUUUUAUUCUGAAAAUGCUAAAAAUAUGAUCCACUUCAACCUUAGUAAAGGU